AUGGCGGAUCCUAUCCUCUACCGUGAUGCUAACGACACAGUCGUCCUCAUUGACAUCCCUACUUCAAUUGAGUAUGCUCAACAAAAUCAUCUCAUUCUUGCAUCCGUUCCACCACCAGAAGUGCCAUAUUCAAGCACCGAACCUCGAGGCAAUAAGCGGGCAGUUGCGUUGGCUAGAAUACCAGCUCAAGAGCGGACUUAUCAUUCUUCGGUGCAAUGCUUGAUUCAAGAGUCAUUGGCAAAGAUCAAAACCUCGUAUAUUAUUCAAGUCAUUGACGGCCAGAGCUGUUCUUGGCACCGACCGCGACGCUAUUUGACUGGAGGGGACGCAACUACUGACUCAGGCUUCGGUGCCGCACGAGCCUUGCCAGACGAAUUUAGGUCUGUGACCGAUGGUUCGCUGGUGCACCCCAUCUUGGUCCCCGUCAUCCUCUCAUCAACAGAGCUACGAAACGAAUUUCCCUCUCUACGGGCCGUGCAGGAUGUGAUCGUGCGCAAUCCCCGGCCAGACUCCUCUCUGAUGUGUCUCCAGGGAGCAGGUGGUUUUUGGGUCCCACCACAUUCCACCUGCAUCCAAUCUAGUCUUGAAGAAGGGUGGGAAGCGUUCGUGAACGGCAUUCCGGUAUUACAAACUCCAAAAUGCCGAUCAUUUGAUCUGAUACUGAUGGAUCCACCAUGGAUCAAUAGAUCAGCACGUCGUUCUGGCCACUAUGAGACGGCUGAAACUCAGAUGACCAACCCAUUCAAUACAGCCGUGCAAAUCGUCAAAACCCAUCUUGUUCCAGAUGGAAUUGUGGCAGUGUGGAUUACGAACCGCGCCGCAAUCCGUACGACUGUGCUCGACACAUUUCGAGCCCUGAACUUGGAGCUGCACCAAGAGUGGAUAUGGAUCAAGAUUACGGCCGACGGAGAACCCGUGACCCAACUUGAUGGCAUCUGGAGGAGACCAUACGAAGUCUGCCUGUUAUUUCGUAAAGGUCAGUGUUCAGACAACAAGCCCAGGCGCCGAGUGCUUGUCGCAGUGCCCGAUAUUCACUCAAGAAAGCCUAAUCUGAAAUGUCUACUCGAGCAACAACUUCCUCCUCGUUACGAGGCACUUGAAUUGUUUGCAAGAUGCUUGACUGCAGGCUGGUGGUCGUGGGGCAAUGAGGUCUUGAAAUUCCAGCAUGAGAGCCAAUGGGGUCUACCUGAUACCACCGACUGCCCAAGAUCACUGGAAGGGCGAACAUAA